AUGCAAAUUUUUGUAAAGACCUUAACUGGUAAGACCAUCACCUUAGAGGUUGAGGGUUCUGAUACCAUCGAGAAUGUCAAGACCAAGAUUCAAGACAAGGAAGGUAUUCCACCCGAUCAACAACGUCUCAUCUUUGCUGGUAAGCAAUUGGAAGACGGUCGUACCCUCUCAGACUACAACAUCCAAAAGGAAUCAACUCUCCAUUUAGUACUCCGUCUCCGUGGUGGUAUGCAAAUCUUCGUCAAGACUUUGACUGGUAAGACUAUUACCCUCAUUCAAGACAAGGAAGGUAUCCCACCCGAUCAACAACGUCUCAUCUUUGCCGGUAAGCAAUUGGAGGAUGGUCGUACUCUCUCAGACUACAACAUCCAAAAGGAGUCAACUCUUCACUUAGUACUUAGACUCCGUGGUGGUAUGCAAAUCUUCGUCAAGACUUUGACUGGUAAGACUAUUACCCUCGAAGUCGAAGGUUCUGAUACCAUCGAAAACGUCAAGACCAAGAUCCAAGACAAGGAAGGUAUCCCACCCGAUCAACAACGUCUCAUCUUUGCCGGAAAGCAAUUGGAAGACGGACGAACCCUUUCCGAUUACAACAUCCAAAAGGAAUCCACUCUUCACUUAGUACUUAGACUCCGUGGUGGUAUGCAAAUCUUCGUUAAGACCUUGACUGGUAAGACUAUUACCCUCGAAGUCGAAGGUUCCGACACCAUCGAAAAUGUCAAGACCAAGAUUCAAGACAAGGAAGGUAUUCCACCCGAUCAACAACGUCUCAUCUUUGCCGGUAAGCAAUUGGAGGAUGGUCGUACUCUCUCAGACUACAACAUCCAAAAGGAGUCAACUCUUCACUUAGUACUCCGUCUCCGUGGUGGUAUGCAAAUCUUCGUCAAGACCUUGACUGGAAAGACCAUCACUCUCGAAGUAGAAGGUUCUGAUACCAUCGAGAAUGUCAAGACCAAGAUUCAAGACAAGGAAGGUAUCCCACCCGACCAACAACGUCUCAUCUUUGCCGGUAAGCAAUUGGAAGACGGACGUACCCUUUCCGAUUACAACAUCCAAAAGGAAUCCACUCUCCAUUUGGUACUUAGACUCCGUGGUGGUAUGCAAAUCUUCGUUAAAACCUUGACUGGUAAGACUAUUACCCUUGAGGUCGAAGGUUCUGAUACCAUCGAAAACGUCAAGACCAAGAUUCAAGACAAGGAAGGUAUCCCACCCGAUCAACAACGUCUCAUUUUCGCCGGUAAGCAAUUGGAAGACGGUCGUACUCUUUCCGAUUACAACAUCCAAAAGGAGUCAACCCUCCAUUUAGUUCUUCGUCUCCGUGGUGGUCAAUAA